AUGCUGGGCUGUUUUGCUGGAGCCAUCAUGAGGGUUGUGUGCCCCUUAUCACCCCUGUCCUGGCACUACUUGGGCCUCCUACCCCACUCCAGGACCAGCUCGGCCAGUGUUGACAUUCCUGGUCCCUGGUCUCCACCGCCCCCACGCGUGCCGCCGCAGGGAGCGGCCGGACCACUGCGUGACGCCGGGGGGGGCGGGGUCUCAUUAUUAAAAGGGGCCAGAGGCCGCGGCGCCCGCGCCAAGACCCGACCUGGGUCACUGGGAGGGCCAUUUCGUUCUGCCUACAGUGUCGGCCGCGUUAGCGACACCCUCGAGUCCACGGCGGACACCAUGCAGCUCCUGGUGAAGGUGCCAUCUCUUCCGGAGCGGGGAGAGCUGGACUGUAACAUCUGCUACAGGCCCUUCAACCUCGGGGGCCGCGCGCCGCGCCGCUUGCCCGGAACGGCGCGCGCCCGCUGCGGCCACACGCUCUGCACCGCCUGCCUCCGAGAGCUGGCGGCGCGCGGCGACCGCAGCGGAGCGGCCGCGCGCGUGGUGCGCUUGCGCCGCGUCGUCACGUGCCCCUUCUGCCGCGCACCCACACCGCUCCCGCGCGGUGGGGUCACGGAGGUCGCUGUUGACCCGGACUUGUGGUCACGGUUGGAAGAAAAUGCGCGGGCGGAACGUGAACCUGAUGAGGCUGGUGGCCCGGUCAGGGAAGGUGGCGACGUCGGCGGAGAGGCCGACGAAGAGGAAGAGGAGAGCGAGAAGGGGUCGGGGCCGAGGAGCGCGGGGUGGCGCGCCUUCCGACGGCUUUGGGACAGGUUGCUGGCGCCCGCACGCCGCUGGAGGCGCCCGCUGCCUAGCAACGUUCUGUACUGUCCGGAGAUCAAGGACUUUGCCCACAUGACCCGCUGCACGCUGUAACCGCGGGGCCCGGAAGCUGAGACAGAAGGAAGGUGGGAGCUGUAUUUUCAGGGCGUGCUGUAGUACAAGGGGAUGAUGCCAAAGCUAUCCCCUCUCCCAUCGCAAGACUGGCGUUGAUGAAGUGGAGCUGAGGGUAGGAAUGAACGCCCUGGGGAGUGUUGAUGCUGAGCUGGGGAGGCUCCUAGACGAAUCACUCCCAUCUGCAGACUGUGUCAGCCUUACAUAAUUCAGGAUAAAGUGGCUCUGAAAUGAUAAAAACAAAGUCUACGUUCCGUGGGAAGACAGAUUGUUUCCUUAAAUGUGACUUGGCUUUUGUUCAGGGCGGUUGUGUGUGGGAGCAACAAGUGCCAUUUUAGCAAUUCUGUAUCAAUGGUUUGAAAAUUUCAAAAGGAUGGAUCAGGAGAGAAGAGCUUGAUUUUCAUGUCAUGUUAAUCUCACUUCUCUACUACGUAAGAGAAUUGAGGAAAAUAAGCGUUUGCUUCUCUGCCCACCCCGCCAGUGCUAGUGUGCCUGUCUCCCCACUCCCAGUACUGUGUUCCGAAAAUUAUCAAGAUGCCUUGGAUGCCUUCUGCCUUACUUCAUUUCAGAAUCUCCCUUCAACCUGUUAGGGCAGGUAUCAGAAGGUCCAAAGAACAUUAAUCUGAGGCACCUAAUUAGGGCCUAUCAAGGAUAGAAAGGAGACAUUUGGUAAGGCAUCAAACUUUAAACUUUUGAUAUUAUCUGUAUUUUUAAAGUCACCGGGAAACACUGAUACUACUGAAAAAAGAUGCCCAUCACAGUUUUAAUCUUGUGCCCCAUAAUUGGACUUCUGUUGUAUGCCAUGGAUUCUAUUUUAAAAUCCCAUCAAUAUCUUACAAUACUUAGUCAGUGGGAGCUUGUUGGAAGUGCAAAAUCUCAGAAUUCCACUUCAGACUUACUGAAUCAAAACCUGCAUAUUAACAAGAGUCCCAGCUGAUCUCUGUGCACGUAAAAACUUAUGUCAGUCCAGGUCCUAGAUGCUCUAGGAUAUUACCA